AAAUCAGUCCAUCUUAACCAUCUUAAGUUAGUUGCAAAAAAAUAUGGCAUCCCAGCUGAAGGUUACCGCUCCAUUCGUUAGUUUAUUCCUUGUGUAUUUGGUCGGAUGGGCAAAUGCGGCUGGAGAAUGUGGUCGUACGCCGAUAAAUGCGGCGGCCGCUAGCCUGAGCCCGUGCCUUGGUGCGGCUUCUAAUGUUAGGGCAAAAGUGUCUACAGCAUGUUGCACCAAAGUUAAUGCAUUGAUAAAGAGUGCUCCUAGGUGCCUUUGCACCAUCCUCCUAUCGCCUCUUGCAAAAAAAGCGGGUAUCAAACCAGCUAUAGCCAUCACUGUUCCAAAGAGAUGCAACAUCAAGAGUCGACCUGCUGGAAAAAAAUGUGGCCGAUAUACCGUCCCAUAAAUUUGAGGCUCAAAUGGACUUGGGAGGAUAGUUUUGUUGCAAGCAUUCACAAAUAAUGGUUUCUUAUGUAGGAGGGUCCUACGCUGUUUUAGUGACCCCAAAUUAAAAUAAACUAUAUUUUCAUGUU